AUGGGAAUCCUUUGGUGCACUUCACCAACACCCGAAGUCAACACAAAGAUUGACUACUGCGACUUUUGGUGGAAUGAGAAGCCGAAAUGGGAAAAUAUUGUGAGUGCGUCGAUGAUCACUGCAUUAGGUCUGGAAAUUGGUUCUCUGUUCUGGGUAUCCAUAACAUUCUGCGCU